ACCCCCCCUCACCCCAUAUACCAAAAUCUCAACAUUUCCCAUUUCAUUUUCUUGACAAAAUGUCAACAAACUUUCACACAUCUCACACUUCCAAAUUCUUACUACUACCACUAAUCAUCUUCCAAUGCACCAUGACCACCACUAUUCUAGCUCAGUCUCAGGCACCCGGACCAACCGGGCCCACCAACAUCACCAAAAUCCUCGAAAAAGCAGGCCAAUUCACCACCCUCAUCCGCCUUAUGAAAGUCACACAACUAGGUGAUCAAAUCAACACACAACUAAACAACUCCAACCAAGGGAUGACGGUUUUCGCCCCAACCGACAAUGCAUUCUCUUCCAUGAAACCGGGAGCACUAAACUCGCUCUCGGACCAACAAAAAGUCGCGUUAUUACAAUUUCAUGUCGUUCCUAACUACCUUACUACUUCAGAGCUUCAAACGGUUAGUAAUCCGGUAAGGACACAGGCUGGAGAUACUGGGAGUAACAAAUUCCCGUUAAAUAUAAUUUCCUCUGGCAACCAAGUUAAUGUGUCGACUGGAGUCGUUGAUACGACUGUUUCGAAUAGUAUCUACACUGAUGGGUCACUUGCAGUGUACCAAGUGGAUAAAGUGUUGCUACCCAUGAGCUUGUUUGGUUCGUCGGCUCCUGCUCCCGCACCAGAACCUUUGAAAAAGAGGAAAUCUGGUGCCGAUGUAGCCGCUCCAGCAACCGAUGAUGGUAGCGCCAACGCGGACGUUUCGGGUGCAGUUGUUUUUGGUAGUAAGGUGCAUGGAGUGUUCAUUGUAGUGGUUGCUUUCAUUACAAUGUUGUAUAUGUGAAAAUAGAUGGUCUGGCAGAUUGGAUUAUGAUGAUGGAUCACUUUUGAUUGA